AUAGUCGCUCUCGACAUCUGCGAACCUGGAGAGGGAAGUAGCCAUGCAGCUAAUAGAAUAAAUGGAACAUUUUUAUGUUACAUUAAUUGUACUAUAGCGAGAAAAUGAAUAGUUGAGCCGCAUAAGUGUAUUAGAACAUUAUCGCUGUUUCCGGGAGGCCGAAAAAAAAGAACACUGCUACAACUUAACUCGUAUAAUUACCAACCGGAACUAGCUGUUGUUAUACGUUUCACAUCAUGUUAUAUUUAUUUAUGUUGUUUAGACAAAAUUUUACCACAGUUCUUACUGUUUGAGUGUUUGGAUGACGCUCGUUUUACUCUCGUAUUAAGUCGCGAAUUUUGCAGACAAGCUCACGUAUUCUAGACUAGUCAGAUAGCUAAUAUAAUUAAUCAUAAUAUGUGACCGGUUGUUUACAUAUCCUGAACAGGGAGCUCCUUUAUAAUUUAUUUCUAGUAACUCUGUAGAAACUUUUACAGUGUUGUUGUGUGCUUUGUACGUGUGCCAGUGCAGAAGAACACAUUCCAUUGUGCAGGGUUUCACCCAUGUGAGCCUGCAGUGCUAGAACACGCUGCACUGAAGCAGAGUAAUUAAAAGGCGGCUGUACCUCUCUUGUCUUGUUGUGAGAUGUCAACCACUUGUUAACCAUUAACUUAAUGGCAAUAAGAAGAGAGCUGCGUCUGUAAACAUGUGUUAAAAGCCGUGUGCUGAUGAUGAAGCACUUCUUCUGGCUGCUGACUGGAAUAAAGAGGCGGAUGAUGAAGCUGCUGGUUGCCCUUGCGCUUGUCGCCUACCUCGCUUCUGUGUGGGGAACUUACACCAAUAUGAGGUCCAUACAGGAACACGGUGAGAUGAAGUUGGAGCACAAGAUAGAUGAGGCAGUCGCACCUCUUCGGGAGAAGAUUAGGGAUCUUGAGCUCAGCCUCUCUCAGAAAUACCCCCCUGUGAAGUUUCUCUCGGAGAAGGAUAGGAAGAGGAUUUUGAUCACUGGAGGAGCAGGAUUUGUUGGCUCUCACCUGACAGAUAAGCUAAUGAUGGAUGGGCACGAGGUAACAGUGGUGGACAACUUCUUUACGGGCCGCAAGCGGAACGUGGAGCACUGGAUUGGGCACGAGAAUUUUGAACUGAUCAACCAUGAUGUCGUGGAACCUCUGUACAUCGAAGUGGACCAGAUCUAUCAUUUGGCCUCGCCUGCCUCGCCUCCUAACUACAUGUACAAUCCCAUCAAAACCCUGAAGACAAAUACCAUUGGGACACUGAACAUGCUGGGCUUAGCCAAGCGUGUGGGCGCUCGUCUCCUACUGGCAUCCACAUCAGAGGUGUAUGGAGACCCGGAGGUUCACCCCCAGAGUGAGGACUAUUGGGGCCAUGUGAACCCCAUCGGUCCCAGGGCCUGCUAUGACGAGGGAAAGCGAGUGGCAGAGACCAUGUGUUAUGCCUACAUGAAGCAGGAAGGAGUGGAGGUGAGGGUGGCGCGGAUCUUCAACACCUUCGGCUCUCGGAUGCACAUGAACGAUGGCCGCGUGGUGAGCAACUUCAUCCUGCAGGCCCUCCAAGGGGAACCGCUUACGGUUUAUGGUUCUGGGUCACAAACGAGAGCGUUCCAGUAUGUAAGUGAUCUGGUGAACGGUCUGGUGGCCUUGAUGAACAGCAACAUCAGCAGCCCCGUCAACUUGGGGAACCCAGAGGAACACACCAUCUUGGAGUUUGCACGCCUAAUCAAGAGUCUGGUUGCGAGCCGCAGCCAGAUCCAGUUCCUUUCGGAAGCUCAGGACGACCCGCAGCGGAGGAGGCCUGACAUCCGCAAAGCCAAGCAGCUGCUGGGCUGGGAGCCUGUGGUGCCUCUGGAGGAGGGUCUGAACAAGACGAUCCAGUACUUCAGCAGGGAGCUCGAGUACCAGGCUAACAACCAGUACAUCCCCAAACCGAAGCCGGCCCGCAUGAAAAAGAGCCGCACCCGACACAACUGAGCCGCCACCCAGGGACGGAGCGCCGACUGCCAAAGGGCUGGGCGUUAGCAGCGUGGCGAAACCGCCGGGCUUGAUCCUGGCGCCUCUCGAGAGGAGGCCGCGCGACCCCGGCCCGCUCCUCAGUGUGGAUGUGCCUACGCCUGACGAAAGAACUGCUCACCUUGCCUUGCACUUUGCGUGUCGUAAUUUAAAACCAGUCCAUGUGCAAAUUGUUCCCAGCUCCUCUUGUGCAUUUUUUUUGGGACGUGAUUUUUUUUUUUUUUUUUUUUUUUUCCUUUUUCUAAAAAGAAUUAUGUGGUUUUGGACAGAACAUUUUACAGUCUUUGAUAAUUCUUCAAAAUGUGUUUUCUUUGGGAGAUUGUGCUUUUGAGAAUUCUUGGAUAAGGUUCCCGGUGUGUGCAGCAGCAGUGGGGUCUGUUGGUGUGAAAGUGUCAAUCGAGAGAGGGGCGUUGCCCUGGAAGCAAUCAUGGUGUCUGAAUAGCUGUCGUUAGCUUAAGUUAAAGUGUAAGAAUACAGGCAUUUUAAUUUGUCGUUAUGUCUAAGAAUACAGUGAUUCCGAGCACCUGUUUGUGCACUUCUUAUGCCAGAGACGUGAAUUGUGUUGCUGAACACAGGUGAAUGAAUAAAAUAUUGAGAAAAUA